UCUACAAAACGACUAGUCGAAUUUAGUUUUGUUGUUUGUCUUCAAUGGGAGAACAUCUUGAGUAUAGUACUAUAAUAAAAUAUCUUUUUCAUACUUUUUCGACCUCUUGGAUUCCCUGAUCAAGAAAAAAAACAGACGACCCUCUGCUAUAGCAUACGAUUACCCUUUUUGUUGUCGCAUGUAUUGCCACCCAUCAUUAUUAACAAGUCAUUAUUGUUUGUUGAUAUUCAGUCAUCGGCAACGCCACCAAAGACGCCUCAGGAUCCGAGCAACGACGUAAGUAUAUUAAAUAGUUUCACGAUAUCUUAGUUAGCCUCUCCAGAGAUAACUAUCCACCGCUUCGGUGUCAAAACUGUGAAAGGGAGUAACUAAUUGAUUCAGCUAAUGACUACCAAUUGAUCGUAUUUAACAAAUAUCUGUGGCUUUUGUGCGUUAACGAAAAAAAUGCAAAGCGGGUCUAUCGAACUUGUACUUUCUCUUUCCUAGUAAGUAAAUUCAGUUUGAAAAGACUUAAAGCAUGUUUCUGCAUGUUUUACGAUUAGUGUAAAAUGUUCGUUGCAGAGAUGAGACCGUUAGUUUAGAAAGCACGGAUGCGAAAGGAUUCGAACGAGAAUGGAACUUGAAUUGAAGACGAGUUUAUAAACUUUUCUACGAGUCUUUCGAACGUUAUUGCUAUAAAUCUUGCAUCUAAUUAAUUAUUAUGUUAUCAACAUGUUGCUAAAGUUUCUAACUACGGAGUCUACACUUGUAUAAAUCGUCUAUUGGCAAUCUCUCGCCAUAAGAAUUUAAUAAUAACAACCAACUUUUGAUGUUACUUGCAGAUCCAAACACAGAAGGUUGAUAUCAAAGCUGAAAGUAAAAUUGGCUCGUUGGAUAAUAUGAAACAUAAGCCAGGUGGCGGUGACAAGAAAAUUUUCAACGAUAAAGACUAUCUUCGACAAAGCGGAACCAAUCCUGAAAGCCUUUGUGGCAGCGGAUCACAGAGCCCUGUGCCCCCUGGCACGGUCGCCGCCGGCAAGAACGGUCUACCUACAUCGGACGAGAACCUGAACCAGGAAUGCUAGAUCACGAAAACUCGAUCGCUAGACCCGAUUUCCUUGUCACUUGCGUCUGAUUAAUCACCCGUAAUCUCUUCCUUCCCGAUCAUCGAGUCGAAGGGCAUUGCCGAUGUUGACCCGUUGUUGAAUGGAGUCGAAACACUGCGAGCAUGUUGUUCUUAAACCGUGAGGAACGCGAGCGAAGUCGUUCGAAGAUCGUUUUGUUUCAUCGUGACGCUCUCCUGGCAUAUCGCAUAUGACUUCACUGAUCAAUUAAUGGAAAAUACAGACAGAUCGGUUCGGCAUGACAUCACGUUUGACAUCAUCACGAUCGUCUCGUGUCACACGACGACUGACAGAUUUUUUACGUGCCAUACAGGGGACGACGUUUUUUCGCGUCGAGUUUUGCCCUUUAAUCGAUGGAAACGAGAGAGCGAAGGGGCGAAAAGCGAAGGGGUGUUAUUCCUCGCUGCCACGUGCCCCUUUAUACGAUCGAUAACAUACACGACGUGUGUAUACGUAUUUAGCGUAACAUCACGAUCGCCGGCAAAAUGAUUUUCUCCAUCCUGUUGACGCAUUUAUUCGAGAAACCACUUCGGACAGACCGCGACGUCUUUUCAGAUUGGAAAAAAAAAAAGAAGAAAAACGUGUUUUCAACACUUUUCAUAUCGAUCGAACGCAGACGACAUCAAUCGUGUAUCACUUGGAAUAAUUUUAAUACUUGUCUAAUAGCUAUUAAUAAUUGUCCGACACAUCGAAACAGUGAUUCCUCGAAUUUUUACAAAUGUACGAACAUGUCGAUUUCAUUGUGAAGCUGAAUGUUAGAUAAGAACACGUAAAAGACACUAUGCUUCCUUCCAAUUGUCAUUCGCAACAAUAUCUACCACGAUGUAAGAGCGCAAAAUAUUAUACUAUGCAGUUCUUUGCUAUGACUUAUACAUCGUGAUAAAAGCCACUUUAAGACUUGGAUGUUUUUCUCAAGGAUAUUUUUCCGAUCUGAAAAGGAAAUGCGGCAACGUGAUACGCUUAAGUUUAAUUAAUUAAAUAAAUGAAUUCUCAUUUUUUUAUAAUCACUUAGAACACGGUCUCACGCUAGCACGGCAAUUAAAACAAUUGUACGAAUUGCAUAAUAUCAAACCCAUCGUUCGAAAUCGAUUAAUCUUGUAAACUCGCGAGGCCGAGAGUAGGUGUAUUUUUGUUAAACCUACGAGAAUUAAGAUGACGUGAUUAUUUUCAGCUAUAGUGUAAAUAGCUAACUGUUGUACUAAACAAGGCUUUGGAUGUUCUAUGGUAACGAAACGCAAAAAUAUACCGUUGAUUAAUAAAUAAUUCUGACCGUAAUAUUAAUACUAGCUCGUAGAGCUGUUUGCGCGAUUAAUUAAAUUCGACUCUAGCUUUUUUAUGGUACGUUCAUGAAUAUAAUUAUGGCGUAAUCACUCGAUUAACGUUAGUAUAAAUAAAUGCGGCUACAAUAUAUCUGAUUUCUAAGGAUCAAACUAUAGGAAAUUGUAGGAAAUAAAAGCGAUGUGAGAAAAUUGCAGACAGUGACAAUUUGCUAAAAUUGUUUAAUACCAUAGAAAGAAUUUGAUCAUCUACUGUUCAAAUAAGAUUAAGCUUCUUAUUACAAUUUGUGAAAACUAAGAUUAACCUCAGUUUACGUAAAAAGGCACAAAAUUGAUGAUAGUAAGAGAAAAGAACAAUAUUGCGAAUAAAAAAAUAAUCAAACUUACAAUGAAAACAGUGUAAUUACAUUGUGCAAUUACAUAUAGCAAAUACAUUUAAACAUUAUGAAUGUAAUCGUAUUUAGUAUUAAAGGUUUACCUAAACUCGCCUACUCCCGGAUUUAAAAAAGAAAGAUAGACAUUACAUGCUUUAUAUAUUACAUGCUUUAUAUACAUAUAUAUAUAUAUA